AUGAUAAAGACAUUUUUGAAAAUGGGAUUCAUAUUCAUACAUCUUUUUAAAAAAAUAAUUAAGGUAACAUGAAACCACAAUAAAAAGAAUAUUUUGUAAGCUAAUUAUCAAUCUAUGAAGAAUACAGUGCAUAAAUAAAUUUUUUUUUCAUUCAAAUAUUACACAAUAAUUGAAUUGAUUUCAAAUUUACCACCAUCACAACAACAACCACCACUAUCGCCACCACCACCACCACCAACAACAACAACAACGACAACAACAAAACAAAGUAAAAGAAUAAUGAAUACAUCAUCAGGGAUACAUUAUUUAAAAAAUGGCAAUAAUUUUUUAAAUUCUAUUUAUGAUUCAACAAAUAAUUCUUUCAUUCAUUCAGAUCAAACAAUCAUUAAUUCUUAUAUGAAAUCAAAUCGUCCUUCAAAAUCUCUUCAUCAUUUUUAUGAUUUUCAUGAAUUUAAUAAACCUAAAGAAUAUUUUAAUGUUUCUAAUAAUUAUCUAUUAUAUAAUAAUAAUAAUAAUAAUAAUCAUUCAUUUGAACAUAGAAAUUCUUUAACAUCUAUGGUUAAAAAUGUAAUCAUGAAUGUACCAAAUGAUAAUUUAUGCAUUUUAACAAACAAUCAUGAUAAUCAAUUAAAAAAUAAUAUUAAUAAAUGGGAAAUGGAUUAUUAUUAUAAUUUAAAGGAUCAUCAGAAUAAAACUAAUUCAAUAUAUAAAACAACAACAACAAUAACAAAUGAUCAUAUCGGUCAAUCUAGAAGAAAGUCAAGGAAACCUUAUUCAAGAAAUCAAAUCAUGAUAUUAGAAAAAGAAUAUGCAUUAAUGCCAUAUGUUACUCGUCAAAGAAGAUGGGAAAUUUCCAAUAAGUUACAAUUAAGUGAAAGACAAAUGGGCUCUCACAAUCUCAAUCUGACACCAUGACAGUCAUCAACUACAUAUGAAAUUAAACGUCACUACUUAUACAACAGAAAAUACUGUAAAAGUAUGGUUUCAAAAUCGUAGAAUGAAAACAAAGAAAUCAAAAACUCUAUCAUAUUCCAACAAUGAAAGGAUUUUACAACAAAAUGAUGAUAAUAGUAAAAUUAAUUUUAGUGAACUACAAUAUUCAACUUUAUUUGAUAAACAAAAAUUUAUCAAAACAACUAAUCAAUGGAAUGAUAAUAUUUCUACAAAUUCUGUUACAUCAUGUAUCCUUGAUUAUGAUUCUUUUGUUAAUAUUAAUUAAAAAUAUAAUUGAAUCUAAUAAUAACAAAUCACAUUCAAAAUUAUUAUUGUUCCCCAUAGUGAUUAUGAUAAAUACACCAAGAUCAUCAUGUUGAUUAAUGUUGAAAUUAGUGAAUAUUAACAAACUAAAAAGAUAAAUAGUCCAAUAAACCAUUGAAUAUUUAAUUCGAAAAAUUACUCAACUUUAAAAUUUCAAUUUAAUUUUUUUUACAUUCUUGUAAUUACGCAAUAAAUAACAAAAUACUUUAGUCUCUUGAUACAAUACAACAAUGAAAACACGAAUAGAUUAUAAAAUUGUACAUUAUUGUUCAUUAAUUGUAAUGAUAAUAGUAUUUUAAAAGAAAACAUAACAAGAAUGAAAUUUUUCCAUGGAAAUUCAAAGUGUUAUCAUUAAAGUGAAGUCACUAUGUCUGUUCAACUAUUAGAGUUCAAAUUACUUGUCUAUUGUAAUGUAAAAGAAAACAUCUGAGAUCCAUAGGAAUUCAUUACUGACCAAAUAUUUUAGAUGAUGAAUUCUCUAAAUAUAUAAUAACAAUAGUAUUAUUAUUAUUAUUAACCAGUUGAUAGUAUUGAUUGUGUACUAAACAGUUCUCAAUUUCUAAGUGAGAAACAAUGUUGCU